AGAUAUUUCACUUCCUUCAUCAAAAUUUCAAACUAUCUGAACCCUUAUUUCCAUAACCAAGAAAAACAAAAAUGGCGACUGGUAAUUGGAGCGCCGCCCAUGAAGAAGCCUUCAUCUCCGUCGGAACUGAUUACUCCGAUCCCCACCAAUCCUUCUUCCGCGACCGAUUUCAACAACUCUGCCCUCCCGAGUUCUCAAGAAAGCUUGUGGCGGAGGUGAUUUCCACGUAUUUGCUUGUGUUUGUCACUUGUGGAGCGGCGGCAUUGAGUGUGAGUGAUGAGCGACAAGUGUCGAAGCUUGGAGCGUCGAUGACCGGUGGGCUCAUUGUGACGGUGAUGAUUUACGCCGUCGGACAUAUCUCCGGCGCCCAUAUGAACCCUGCUGUCACUUUUGCUUUUGCCGCGGUGAAGCGAUUUCCGUGGAAACAGGUUCCAUUGUAUGCAGCAGCUCAAUUAAGCGGAGCUACAUCGGCAGCCUUUACACUACGCAUACUAUUGGACCCAAUUAAAGAACUCGGGACUACUUCGCCUUCUGGACCCGAGUUUAAGGCACUUAUUGUGGAGAUUGUUGUCUCCUUCUGUAUGAUGUUCGUCACUUCCGCCGUCGCAACCGAUACGAAAGCUAUAGGAGAGCUUGCAGGUAUAGCAGUAGGUUCGUCUGUAUGCAUCACGUCCAUCUUUGCCGGGCCUAUAUCCGGUGGGUCCAUGAACCCCGCGAGAUCAAUAGGACCCGCCAUUGCAAGUUCACAUUACGAAGGGAUCUGGGUGUACCUAGUCGGGCCAGUUGCAGGGACAUUAUUGGGAGCAUGGUCAUAUAAUUUCAUACGAACAAGUGAAAAACAUGGGCAUCAACUUUCUCUACAAUGACAUUCACGCACGGAAUGAUAUCAAAUCGUUCAAAAGUGAUGAUCUUUCCAUCGAUUCACUUCAAUGAGUUUGUUUUAUUAAAUGUGUAUCUUGUAUAAAAGAUGUGCGAUCAAAUUAAAGCCUUUUUUUUUUUAUCAGUUUGUUAUGCCAUUUCUUUAGUGUUG